AUGUACCUCACCCUACUGCUCUUAACAAAUGCAUCCGACAUUGAACUCAAUCCAGGCCCUGCCAGCAAGUAUCCAUGUCAGAUUUGCGCUCGCCCAGUCACAUGGAAGCAACGAGGUUUGGCCUGUGAUGACUGUGACCAGUGGUACCAUGUGGAAUGCAUGCACAUGUCUACGCCAGUCUAUGAGGCUCUAGCUUACUCAAAUGUACCAAGGCAAUGUGCUUCCUGUGGAAUGCCACAGUUCUCUACUAGCCUCUUCAACUCUUUUGUGGCCGACACCAGCAAUACCACCACUGGCGUCUUCAUCUCCAUCUCGCCAACCUACAAGAAGAGGUCACUCAGCUGUGAAAAGGAAGAUAAGAUUCUAACUGUAAACUUCCAGAGUGCAAGAAAUAAACGGGAAGAAAUACAUAACCCGAUAGAUUCUUCUGAUCCUGAUAUCAUCCUGGGCACAGAGACUUGGCUCAAUAGCAACAUCCACAUCGCUAAAUUGUUCCCUCCAAGCUAUGAAUUAAUACGUAACGACCGCUCUGAUGGCUACGGUGGUGUCCUCAUAGCGCUCAAAAAGGAAAUCAUUUUUGAGCGACUACCCAGCACUCCUGAUGCUAAUGUGGAAGCAAUCUUCAUCAAAAUAAGCCUCCCCAAGAAGAACUUCCUUAUUGUAGGUGCCUUGUACAGACCUCCUUCUAGCACCCCAAAGUACAUGGAGGAUCUCUGUCAGUCUGUAGAAAGCCUACACAGUCAUGACCGCAAUGCUGUCAUCUGGUUGGGUGGUGACCUGAACCUACCGGACAUUGAUUGGGAAACGCAGUCGUCAUCAGGUAACCAGUAUCCUAUGUCAAUCAAACAACGGUUUCUGGAGAUGCUUCAAAACUGCGACCUACAACAGAUGGUCUCCUUCCCUAUAAGACUUACCAACUGUCUUGAUCUCUUCCUGUCGAACAGACCUACUCUUCUUAGCAAGUGUGCUGCGCUUCCAGGUAUAAGUGACCAUGAUAUUGUACUAAUAGAAUCCUCUGUUGUAUCAAGUAGGAACAGAUCAGUGAAGAGGAAAAUCCUUCUGUGGAAACAUGCCAACAUGAAGGAUUUUAGAGAAGACUGCCUUGCCUUUCAACAAGCCUUUACAGAACAAUUUGACAGGUCAAGUCCAGUGCAAGUCAUGUGGGACAACAUCACAACCACUGUCUCACAUAUGAUAGAAAAGCAUGUACCAUCUAAGAUGACCUCAACAUGGUUCAACGAGCCUUAG